AUGAGGAUUGCGAUGUUCUCUUGGGAGUCUUUGCAUUCCAUCGCCGUGGGUGGCGUGGCUCCUCACGUCACCGAGUUGGCGGCAGCGCUGCAACGUCGGCAACAUGAGGUUCACAUCUUCACUCGGCGUGGUGACGGUCAGCAAUUACACGAGGAGAUUUAUGGAGUCAUGUACCACCGUGUACAAUGCCCCCCUAGCGAUGAUUUCGUCGACUCCAUGGAAAAGAUGUGCAAUUCCAUGGUGUGGUGCUUUGGUGAGACGGUGUCAAUGGUGGGCGAUUUUGACAUCGCACACGCUCACGACUGGAUGGCAUGCAAGGCAAUGGUGCAAUGCAAAAAUUCUCAUGGUCUUCGCUGCAUCUUCACUUUCCACAGCACAGAGCAGGGUCGAAGCGGAGGCCCUGGAGGUGGCUCCGAGCGCGUGGCAUCGAUGGAAGGCGAAGCAGCCUUUGUCGCAGAUCGUGUCAUUGCGGUCUCCGAGCGGCUGAAGGAAGAGCUUUGUGACACCUAUCAGCUUCCUGAGGCCAAGGUCUGGGUGGUUCACAAUGGCAUCCAGUGUGCACGAUUUGACGGGAUGUUGGAAGAUCCUGGUUCUGUGAAAGGAACUUAUGGCAUUGGUCCAUUGGACCCUGUGGUGCUUUUUGUCGGGCGCAUGGUGGGUGGAAUGAAGGGCGGCGACAUUUUGAUCGAAGCGGUGCCAGAUAUCUUACAAUGCCAUGCCGAUGCGAAGGUGGUUUUUGUCGGUGAUGGAGACAACAAGAUGCAUUGCGAUCACAGGGCCAAGGAGCUCAACGUGGAAGCUUCCUGUCGGUUCUUAGGCGCACGCUCUGGUGAAGAGCUGGUCAAUUUGUUCAAGAUCGCUGAUUGUGUGGUUGUGCCCAGCAGAUAUGAACCUUUUGGUCUCACGGUGUGUGAGGGAUGGGCGGCUGGAAAAGUGGUGGUUGCUUCUGACCAAGUGGGCUGCCCAGUGAGCCACGGUGAGGACGGUUGGGUGGUGUCCGCCACGCCUGAGGGCGUCGCCUGGGGCGUGUCAGAGGUCUUUCGUGACUGGGACAGGGCCAGAGAGAUGGGUUCCAAAGGCCGAGUGAAAGCAGCUUUCUCCUUGUCGUGGGAUACUGUGGCACAACUCACAGAGAGGGCCUACCAGGAAUUCUAA